AUGUCAAUCAACUCAUCACAGGAUUUAGAGAAGGGUGUCACGGACACCCAAAAUAUUGAGGAUUCUCAUCAACCGUACCAGCACCAUAUUCACAAUGUUUCCAUCGAUGGGGAUUACGUGCGUUUGGGUAAUCAAACUUAUAAGAGAUCGGAGUUGCUAAACGCUUUCGCCGGUGACUUUAACCCUGGUAUCCAUCCACGUCCUCCUCCAGCUUUGGCUAACCCAGUUCCUUUGGGUCUUGCAUCAUUCUCAUUCUGUUGUUUGGUGCUUUCUUUGAUUAAUGCCCAGGUUAGAGGUGUCACAAAUAACAAGGUUCUAGUUGGUGCAUGUUUAUUCUAUGGUGGAUUCAUCGAAUUAGUUGCUGGUUUGUUGUGUUACCCAAUUGGUAACAGCUAUGGUAUGACUGUUUUCGGUGCGUUCGGUGGGUUCUGGAUCUCUUAUGGUUGUAUUAUCACUGACCAAUUCCAUGUUGUUUCUUCUUAUGAAGAUGAUCCUCAAAUGUUCAAUAAUGCAAUGGGUUUCUUCUUGGCUGGUUGGGCUGUUUUCACAUUUUUGAUGUUACUGUGCACGUUGAAAUCGACGUGGGGCCUAUUCCUUUUACUUUCAUUCCUUGAAUUGACGUUCCUAAUGUUAACGAUAGGUUCAUUCACCGGUAACGAGAAGGUUUCUAUUGCUGGUGGUUAUUUCGGUAUCCUUUCCUCUGUAUGUGGCUGGUAUUCCUUGUACAGUGGUAUCGCUGAUGAUACAAACAGUUACUUCCCUGUCAAGGCUUAUUUCAUGCCAAAUGCACCAACAGUAUAA